AUGCGAACCCUAAGCAUGGCGAAGGCAACGUUUAGUGCUGCAGAUACCCAAAGAAGCAUAGCGUGCCAGGGCACCUCCACCGUCCGUGGCGUCUUUGGCCACAAUGUCACUUUGCCCUGUAGGUAUGACACACACGCUCACGGCGUGCUGAGCAUCUGCUGGGGGAAAGGGAAGGUGCCCACAUCCAAAUGCUCCAACACCAUCCUCUCCUCCACGGAUGGGACUGUGGUUGUCCAGAAGUCACAGAGGUACCAGCUGCUGGGCAGGGUCGCAGAGGGAGACGUGUCCCUGACCAUCGUUGACGCCCAGAGGAGCGACUCCGGGGUGUACGGCUGCAGGGUCGAGAUCCCAGGAUGGUUCAACGACCUCAAGUUCAACACGCAUCUGGUCAUCGAGGAAGCUCCUGUGGAACAACGUGUCACCCAGGGAAGCACGCAGGCGGCUGGUGGAUUUCUUGGUGAGCACAAGCAAAUUUUAUAA